UGGGGGGGAGGAACAUGGCGCAAGCUCUGUCUGAGGAGGAGUUUCAGCGGAUGCAGGCUCAGCUCCUAGAACUCCGGACAAACAACUACCAGCUUUCAGAUGAACUACGCAAGAAUGGCGUUGAGCUUGCCAGUCUUCGACAGAAGGUUGCCUAUCUGGAUAAGGAGUUCAGUAAAGCUCAAAAGGCACUGAGCAAGAGCAAGAAAGCUCAGGAAGUCGAGGGACUGCUGAGUGAAAAUGAGAUGCUGCAGGCAAAGCUGCACAGCCAGGAGGAGGACUUCCGUUUGCAGAACAGCACACUUAUGGCCGAGUUCAGCAAGCUCUGCAGCCAGAUGGAGCAGUUGGAACGGGAGAACCAGCAACUAAAGGAAGGGGCUACUGGAACAGGCACUAUCCAAGCUGGACCCCAUGUGGAUGGGGAGCUGCUAAGAUUGCAGGCAGAGAACACAGCCUUGCAGAAGAAUGUGGCAGCCCUUCAGGAGCGCUAUGGGAAAGAGGCUGUGAAGUCCUCAGCUGUCAGUGAAGGCCAAGGGGAUCCCCCAGUGGGCGUCACUCCCACUAUCAUGGCCCCCAUGCCAUUGGCAGAGGUGGAGCUGAAAUGGGAAAUGGAGAAAGAGGAAAAGAGAUUGCUCUGGGAGCAGCUGCAAGGCUUGGAGAGCUCAAAGCAGGCUGAAACAUCCAGGCUGCAAGAAGAACUCGCUAAGCUCUCUGAGAAACUAAAAAAGAAACAAGAAAGCUUUUGCCGUCUACAGACAGAGAAGGAAACACUAUUUAAUGACAGCAGGAACAAGAUUGAGGAGUUACAACAGCGGAAGGAAGCUGAUCUAAAGGCUCAGUUGGCUCGCACCCAGAAACUGCAGCAGGAACUUGAGGCUGCCAAUCAAAACUUGGCAGAGUUAAGAGAUCAGCGGCAGGGAGAGCGCCUGGAGCAUGCAGCAGCUUUGAGGGCCCUACAAGAUCAGGUGUCCAUCCAGAGUGCAGAUGCGCAGGAACAAGUGGAAGGGCUAUUGGCUGAGAACAAUGCCUUGAGGACUAGCCUGGCUGCCCUGGAGCAGAUCCAAACAGCAAAGACACAAGAACUGAAUAUGCUCCGGGAACAGACCACUGGGCUAGCAGCUGAGUUACAGCAGCGGCAAACUGAGUAUGAGGAUCUCAUGGGACAGAAAGAUGACCUCAACUCCCAGCUCCAGGAGUCAUUACGGGCCAAUAGUCGCCUUCUGGAACAACUUCAAGAAAUAGGGCAGGAGAAGGAGCAGUUGAUCCAGGAACUCCAGGAGGCUAGGAAGAGUGCUGAGAAGCGCAAGGCAAUGCUGGAUGAACUAGCAAUGGAGACGCUGCAGGAGAAGUCUCAGCACAAGGAAGAGCUGGGAGCAGUCCGACUAAGGCAUGAAAAGGAGGUGCUGGGGGUGCGUGCCCGCUACGAGCGUGAGCUCCGAGAGUUGCAUGAAGACAAAAAGCGGCAGGAGGAGGAGCUCCGUGGGCAGAUUCGGGAGGAGAAGGCCCGAACACGGGAGUUGGAGAAUCUCCAGCAGACAGUGGAAGAACUUCAGGCUCAGGUACACUCCAUGGAUGGAGCCAAGGGCUGGUUUGAACGGCGCUUGAAGGAAGCUGAGGAAUCUUUACAGCAGCAGCAGCAGGAGCAAGAGGAAGCCCUAAAGCAGUGCCAGGAGCAGCAUAUUGCUGAGUUGAAGGGCAAGGAGGAGGAGCUACAGGGUCUACGCGAUCAGCUUCAGCAGGCCCAGGAGGAGCGAGAUGGCCACUUGAAGACCAUUAGCAACCUGAAGCAGGAGGUGAAGGAUACAGUGGAUGGGCAGCGGAUCUUGGAGAAGAAGGGCAGUUCUGCGCUGAAAGACCUCAAGCGGCAGUUGCACCUGGAGCGAAAACGGGCCGACAAGCUGCAGGAGCGGCUGCAGGACAUCCUCACAAAUAGCAAGAGCCGCUCUGGCCUUGAGGAGCUGGUUCUUUCUGAGAUGAACUCACCAAGCCGGACCCAGACAGGAGACAGCAGUAGCAUCUCCUCCUUCAGCUACCGGGAGAUCUUGCGGGAAAAGGAGAGCUCAGCUGUUCCAGCCAGGUCCUUAUCCAGUAGCCCUCAGGCCCAGCCCCCUCGGCCAGCUGAGCUGUCAGAUGAGGAAGUGGCUGAGCUCUUUCAACGGCUGGCAGAAACACAGCAGGAGAAAUGGAUGCUAGAGGAGAAGGUGAAGCACCUGGAGGUGAGCAGUGCUUCCAUGGCAGAGGACCUCUGCCGGAAAAGCGCCAUCAUUGAGACCUACGUCAUGGACAGCCGGAUCGAUGUGUCUGUGGCAGCAGGCCACACAGACCGCAGCGGGCUGGGCAGCGUCCUGAGAGACCUAGUGAAGCCAGGAGACGAGAACCUUCGGGAGAUGAACAAGAAACUGCAGAACAUGCUGGAGGAGCAGCUCACCAAGAAUAUGCACUUGCACAAGGACAUGGAAGUUCUGUCCCAGGAAAUUGUACGACUCAGCAAGGAGUGUGUGGGGUCACCUGACCCAGACCUAGAGCCUGGAGAAUCCAGCUAAAGACCUGCAGGCUGCAUCCACUCCCUCCCCUUGUCACCUCCCAGGAUGCUACUCCCUUGGGCUAUGGAGGGAAAUGGGGGCUGACACCAAAAUCUAGUAGUUUGGGAGACUGGACAUUAAAGGGGCUAGAGGCCUGAUGGCUGGUGUUAAUGACCUGGUCAAGGCAGAGGGCCCCCCCCCCCCCCCCGGGAGUGGAAUCCCCAGGGAAGGGGUAGGGAUUUCUCCUUGGCCCAGGCUCCCAGGGACAUCUGCCUCCAUCUCUGCAUGAGCUCUCCCUCCCAGAGACCAACACUUUUUUAUUUUAUUUUUAAUUUAUGUUUGAAAGCCUGACUACUCUGCACUUGGGAUUGGGGGUGUUGGGUGGGGGUGCGGUCUGUGUUCAGCGUUCUAGCAACGUGUAUGUGUGUGUGCGCGUGUGUGUGUGUAUAAAGGCUGUGCAGCCAAAAUACCAUCUGGCCAGACGGGCCCACCCAC